AUGAGAAAGGAAGGUGGCACUACUCCCAGCAGGGCAGCCAGUCCAAAUUUCACGUGGCGCGCCCUGGGUCCUAAGGGGCCAGUCAAAAGUUACGAUCACAAAAUAAUUGCACGCAUAAUAUGUAACCUUUCCUGCGCGCGGUUGUAUUGUGAAUGGGGUUCCACCCCUGAACAGACGAGUUUUGAGUUACCGAUAUGGCACAAACAGUGCUUCAAGUGUCAGGUUUGCAACAUGACCCUGAACAUGCGGAACUACAAAGGAUUUGAUAAGCGGCCGUACUGUGAAGCGUAA